AUGAAUGUGAACAGUUUAAAUGAUGUUGAUCCGUUCUAUCCAACAGGAACCAUUGCAGCCGAAUCGGUUGACGCAUGUUUAGGACAUCCAAAUCCACAGAAUACUUAUCAUUAUCAUAUGGCAUCAGGCUGUGCAUUGAGUCCACCAUCAGGUACUAUUUCAUCAUGUACAGCAACUUCUAGUUGCAAUUCAAACGUUGCCGCCUAUGGUAUAUCAUUGUUUAACUCUUAUCGCACUUUGACAGUAAUUGGAAUAGCUAAAGAUGGUCAUGUUAUUUACGGACCUUAUGACUCAACUGGGACAGAAGUAACAAGUGGCUACGACAUUUGCAAUGGUAUGUUCUAUAAUUCAGCUGGCGAGUACGCCUAUUUCGCGACACGAAAAUUCCCGUAUAUAACUGGAUGCUUUGGCCCCGGAAGCUAUCCCAGUGUUUCCGUGAAUUGUUCAACAAAUGCACCAUCUUCAUACUCAAAAUCAAGUUAUGCUGGUUAA